AUGGCGCCUUACAGGAUCUCUUCUUCAUAUCUAAUCGAGCUAAAGAAACAGUUGGAGGAUCUGCUUGAGAAGAAGUUUACUCAACCUAGUAUUUCAUCGUGGGGAGCGCCAUUGUCGGUGGUUAAGAAGAAAUAUGGUAACAUGAGGUUGAAAGAAGUCAGCUUCCUUGGUCACGUGAUCUCUAGUGGUGGCAUAUCAGUUGACUCGUCCAAGGUUGAUGUCAUGUUGCAGUGGGAGACUCCUAAGUCAGUUACAGAAAUCAUAAGUUUUUUGGGUUUGGCUAGUUACUACAGAAGGUUUAUAGAAGGAUUUUCAAAGUUAGCUUUACCUUUAACUCAUUUGACUCGGAAGGUUCAAGCUUAUGUGUGGAAUGUUUAG